AUGACACUGGGGCAGAGGAAACAUAUGCCAAGCUAUGCUGAAGUGGUGGCCACACCCACUCGCAAAUCUACAGAUUCAUCAAAGUCAUCUGGUGUGGACAAUAAGGUCAAGGUUGUGGUGAGAAUCAGACCAGAGAAUGCUACAGAGCGUGGAGGUAAUUCACGGGUAGUAGUUAAGGCCAUGAAUGAAAACGUAUUGGUGUUUGACCCCAAAGAACAGUCUUCACCUGGAUAUGGCCAUCGAAAUCGUUGUCGUCGAAGAGACAUUAGGAAAAAGCAGUGUAAAGAUUUGAAAUUUGCCUUUGACUUUGUGUUUGACCAGAAUUCAGCAAAUCACAAUGUGUAUGAAGAAUCUACAAAACAAAUUUUGGAUGGGCUGCUAGAUGGCUAUAACUGUUCAGUGUUUGCCUAUGGAGCCACAGGAGCAGGCAAAACUCACACAAUGCUAGGAAACCCAGAACAACCUGGAGUCAUAUACCUUACAAUGAUGGACUUAUACACACGGAUAGCAGCCAUACAAGAGGAGAAAAUUUGUGAUGUUGCUGUGUCCUACCUUGAGGUAUAUAACGAACAGAUUCAUGACCUCUUGGUCAAGGGAGGUUGUCUGCCAGUCAGAGAAGAUUCUAGGAAUGGAGUGGCUAUAUCAGGACUUUCUCUACACACGCCAAGGGAUGCUCAGGAACUCCUGCACAUGCUGCACUUUGGAAAUCAGAAUAGAACACAACAUCCUACAGAUGCCAAUGCUGAAUCGUCACGUUCACAUGCAGUCUUCCAGGUGUUUGUGCGACAGCGAGAUAGGACAGCCAACAUCUCAACAGAAGUCCGUGUGGCCAAGAUGUGUCUAGUGGAUCUUGCUGGUUCCGAGAGAGCUACAGUUACAAAAAACUGUGGAGCUAGGUUUCGUGAGGGUGCCAACAUCAAUCGAUCUCUUCUGGCUCUUGGAAAUGUCAUAAAUGCCCUUGCUGACACCAAGUACAAAGGUCAUGUGCCUUACAGAGACAGCAAACUCACCCGACUGUUGAAGGACUCCCUGGGUGGCAAUUGUCAGACUGUGAUGAUCGCAGCUGUCAGUCCCUCCAGCUUGUCAUAUGAGGACACAUACAACACUCUCAAGUAUGCUGACCGGGCUAAACAUAUACAGGCUCAGCUGAAGAAGAAUGUUCUGAAUGUUGACUUCCAUGUGGCUAGAUAUGGUCAGAUCAUCCAGGAGCUCAGGAAGGAGAUUCUUGAGCUGAAAAACAAACUUCAGAGCUAUGAGGAUGGCAAAAUGGUUACAACCCAACAACUGUGUACAGUGCCCAAUACAGCAGUUACCAGGUUGAAAGAAAGCAUGGAUGAAAUUUUCUUCUCCAGACUACAGAUAUGUAGAGAAUAUCUUGAUUCUGAGCUGAAAAGUCGGGACAUGAAGUGGAAAAUUAGUCGGAAGGAGCGUUGUCUGGCUAGAAUGGCCUGCUUUAAUGGUUCUCAGCAUAAUGGGACAAAGGACAAGAUCCAGAGAAUGAUACACUCAGCUCAGGAACGGAUGACAAGUUUUGUCCAGAUGAAGGAGGAUAAAGGUGUGAGACUUGCAAAGAGUAACCAUAGUCUUGAGGGACUGAAGUCUGCUGUCCGAGACCAUACAAGUGCAGGAGAGGACAACCUGGCUACAGAGAACCUGAAGUUGAAUCUACAGUUCCAUGAGUCAAGUCUGGCCCUGACAGAAUCUCAGUACUGUAUGAAGUAUAUGGCCAAAGUGGUUCGGUCCCAGGAGCGGGAGAUCUCUGGUGCAGAGAGGUUAAUAUUACAUCUUCUCAAUAUGGUGAAACAACAACAUUGUAUCCUGAAAGGUCAUGACCUCUUGACCCCUAACCUGGACUCUCAGUAUCACACUAUAGAGACCAUAACAGAAGGUCGUGAGGUGACCUUUGCAGACCAGAGUUUCUCGGAUCAAAGCAGUGGCUUAUCUUUAGGGGAAAUGUUAAACUUCAGGUCAUUACCAGCAGCACAACACAUGUGUGAGAACAGCACCCAUGUAACUAGUCAGUCGUCUUUGUCAGUGACCAGCCAUUCUUCAGUAACUGAUCACACCACGUCUGCUCAAUCGUCUGGGGUUAAUCUCUCAUCAGCCUCCUUGUCAUCCACCAACAGCUUGUCAGCAUCUGUCAAAUCUUCUGUGACAUCUGAGACAGUAUCGUUAGAACUGGAUGCUCCACAGGGACCACACAGAGUGCCGGUGACUGGCAGGAAUGUCCAACCUGUCAGGGUUCCUCGAGACCAAACACAGUCUGAACGCAGAAUGUUCCGACUUAUGUCUUCAGACACAAAACCUCUGCAGUCAACAGUAUCUAAUCACAUAGACAAUGGCCGUGUGUUUGUCCCUCUCACCUCAAAUACACAUUGCCCUGAGGUUUUCUCAGAUACCCCUAGUCAUGUCCCACCAAAAAAUAUAAAAAAAUUGGUGGGUGAAGAAAGUUGUAGCAAAAGCAUAUUGAAGGACUCCAAUGUGUUGAAAGUUAAAAAUUCAGUCAGUGAAAUAAGCUGUGUGAAGAGGGAUUCUAAUGUGUUGAAGGGAAAUAACUGUGUGACAAACAUUAGGUCACCUUGUGUACUGGGUCAUGUUGAUAACCAAGUAUUACAGAAAGGUCAGAGGUCACAGAACAAUCUUCAGAAGGAGGCUAGUCAGGAAUUAAAUUCUACAUUUACUCUUAAUGAAGAGAAUAUUGACCAUGGGUACAUUAAUGAUAAACUCGGCCAAGAAAGUGACAUUCCCAAAUGCUGUUACGACACAUACAGCCACAACAACCACACCAGCAUCAGCUAA